UGCGCUCGAAGAUAGUAUAAAGACCAGUCAGACUGCAUCUGCUACGUUACUCAAGCUAUGAUCACCGCACCGCUCAGAACGACUAUGCGGUCGACCGGAUCCCUCGCCAGAAUCACCCGGAUCGAUCGACGUCAUCUGUCGGCAACCAAAUCGAUCUUGCAGGAUGUCAAAACGCCGUCCGAAAAGAUCACCGUGGUACCAUUCAUGCUGGACCCGACAUCAGCUCAGCAGAAGAUGAAGGAGAACGCUUUACUUUCCACGAUCACAAUCCCGAACGCCAUCUACGCCUUUGCAUUACGCUGGUUUGGAGAGUCGGUCACACCGUUUCUGCAUGAAUUCGGUCUGGGAGGAAACGGGUUGAAACAUGAACGGACGAAAGCCGUCUACUGGCCGAUCUGGAGGUUCACGCUCUUGGCGGAUAUCGACAUUCCGGGAACGACCAAGUCGCCAAGCUUGAUCAUGUUCAACAGUACCGGGCUGUCCGGAAACUCUUUCUCGCCCGUUUCGUUGCUCGACUUUACUCAGCCGGAGCUUCCUGACGACCUCUUGCCCUGGGAUGCCGAGCAAGAUUUGAAGCAGCUAGAAUCGGUCGGGGUGGACGUGGAUGCUGUGCCGUUCAGCGUGGAUCCCCUCAAGGUGAUGCAAGAACUCAAGCGGAAAGUUGGAAGACACGUCAGGCUGGGCGAUAUGAAGGUGGAUCUGGAGAGGGAUGUCAAUGAAAUCCUGUUCGCUGCCUAUCCGAUCUACUUCCCCCUUUACGUCUCUGAAUGGUCUUUCAAGCUGAACGAUGAUAGCAAGGAGAGGCGAAUAUCGAUCGUGAUGAACGCCGAUGAUGCGGAUCCUCGCGAGUGUCGAUGUGUGAAACCCAUGAUACCCGGUCUAGGGGAAAAGACACGGAAUUUUGGAUAUUGGAUGGAGAUGCCACACAUCAUCCCUGACCCAGAUUCUCCUCAUCCGGAACCCAUGGGCGAUAUCCAUCGCACGGUCGCACAAUCCUAUGUGGAUUGGUUGAACCCGGCCACUCGACGGAACACCCUGAUAGGGGAGCAGGAUCCUCGUUCGGGCAGCCUUGUGGCUCCGACGAGUCCUCUAGAACAGCUGGAUGUUGAGGAAAGCGAGAUUGCGUGGAACGACCCUCGGGUACAAUCGUGGUCUGGCGAGGAGAGGAAGGAGAAUACGAACUGGAUGAUGGCACAGGCGGCACGAGUGAUGAUGGAGGGUCAAUUGCAGAAAAUGCAACGAGCCGAGAAAAAGGCGGACAACAAGCCCGUAACAACUCUGCGUAUCGACAUGCAAAAAAGGGAAGACGGAAGUAGAGGCAUGCCAUCGUUCUCCAAGGUCACGAUGGAGGAAGCGAUUGCUGCGGCCAGGAAGUCGGUCGAGGAGGCCAAGCGGGAUGUCGAGAGCCAGAAGCCGCAGUGGCUCAAGGCUCGCGAGACAAAAGAGAAGUGAACGCUCGGCUCGAGAAAACCCUCGUUCGAGGCCGAGAUACCUAUAGUUGGGAGAAUGCCACGAAUGACGCAACAUACCCUG